AUGAUCCAUCAUUCUACAGGCACCGACGUGGCCAAUCCUAUUCUUCUCAAUACACCACCACCCACUCCACUCAAGGAGCCAUUGCUUUUCUCUCCGCCUACUACUGUAUCCAAGCAAUCACCUGAAAAACAAUCUGAAAAGAAACCGCAGCAGCCACAAUACAUCGAAGUCAUUGCCCCCGAUACGCCACCACCUGCUGCUGCUUCUGUUGACAGCAAACAAAAGGAAAAGUCGCCAUUGUCCAUUGACUCAUUGUCGCAAUCGUCCAAUGCAUCGCUACCUUUGCCUUCUCCUCAAUCGGCAACGACGCCUCAACAAGAGCUAUCACCAAGAUCAUCGGCUACCCCUUCUCAUACAUUGGAUGGUGGUAGUACACGUUCAAGCUCAAUGGUAUCUGUGAGCGUCCUUGGCGACCAACAGUUAUUGGAUCACUCGCAUCUUAAGCCUGGCCAUCGAGCAUCCUUAUUAUCCUAUGCACAGACCAUCAACAUGUAUCGCGACAAUGCCAAAAAGACCAACAGCCCUGACAUCCAAUGUGAUUUCGCCAUCUUUAUGGUGGAAGCUGCCAAACCACUUGCAACCGAAGGCGCCACAGCUGCCGAACGAUGGGCUUAUCUUACAGAGGCUGAGAAAUUGCUGAGACAAUUGUCCGCUCGUGGUCAUGCUGAAUCGCAGUACUACCUUGGCAACCUCUACGCAGCGGGAAUGCUUAGCAAAAAGGGCAAGAACGAGUUUGACAAGGCUUUCCCUCUCUUUGUACAAGCAACCAAACAUCAUCAUGCCGAUGCUUCGUUUAGAGCGGCAAAAUGCUAUGAAGAUGGUCUUGGUACUCGCAAGGAUCGGUCCAAAGCUGUACAAUUUUACAGAAAAGCUGCCACAUUAAGUCACCCGGGUGCUAUGUACCGAUUGGGCGUUGCACAAGUAUAUGGGGAAUUAUCGAUAUCCAAGAAUGCAAGAGAUGGAGUAAAGUGGCUGAAAAGAGCUGCUGAAGCGGCGACACCCGAAUAUCCCCAUGCAAUCCAUGAAUUGGCGCAGCUGCACGAAACAGGAAUCAAGAAUGUUGUUUUCGUGGAUCUGGACUAUGCUGUGUCAUUGUACGCCCAGGCUGCGGAUCUGGGAUACGCUCCAUCCGCGUAUCGUUUGGGAGAGUGUUACGAAUAUGGAAGACUCAAUUGUGAUCAAGACCCUGCUUUGUCCAUCCAUUACUAUACCAUUGCUGCUCAACAAGGUCAUUGCGAAGGAUGCUUUGCUCUCACGGCUUGGUACCUUGUGGGUUCGCCCGAAGUCCUUCCACAAUCAGAUGAACAAGCCUACGUAUGGGCCUAUCGUGCGGCUGAAAUGGGUCUUGCCAAGGCUGAAUACGCUGUCGGUUAUUUCACAGAAGUUGGCAUCGGCACUAUCAGCGACCCAGAUGAGGCUUUCGAGUGGUACAGCAGAGCUGCUCAGCAUGGCGACAAGCGUGCCAUCCAAAGGAUACAAGCACAACAAGGUCUUAAUGCCGAUCAGCAUGAUGGCCAUCAUCAUCAUGGCAAAAAGAACAAACGUCGUCAAGAUUCAUGCAUGAUCAUGUAA